UACCGGGGAAAUUCCCCCACUCAGACUUUGUAGACGCUUUACUAUCCAUUCUCGACGAUUCCUGAAGUUUGCUUGGUGAAAUUUUUCUUAAUAAACGAAGGCCAGAUAUCAAAUUUCUUUUCAGAUAUCAAAAUUGUUAAAUAGUAGAUUCCUUAAUUGUCGCUAAUCUUGGAAUUUAAAGGAUCAGAUGUCGUUUAUGACUUUGUAACAAGAUAAUAAAACAUAAUAAUUGGACGUACUUAUGAAAGGUAGAAUGGCUGAAAACUGCAAUAAAGUAAGUUCUACUUGUAACUUUAUCGAACUGUUUUCUGAUAUAGAAAGAGGAAUUAGAGAAGAUUUAAUUAGUAUUUUACGCAAGAAAGGUAAAUUGGUGCGUUCUUUAAAUACUCAGGAGUGGAGAGAAGACUUAAAAGUAGCUUAUACACAAAUCAAUAACCCAUUGAAGAAAACAAAUGUUGUUAUUUUAGCUUGCAAAUACCAGAGACUAAAUGUUCUUGAAUAUUUGCUCCACAACGACGGUCAUUGGCUAUUUACUUUUCGAGCCUUGGCUGGAGGAGAAAAUAUCAAGCCAGGUGAGCUGGACCAUCAGAAUCAUGAUGCAUUUUACUACGCCAUAAAAUCCAGCAAAACUGAACUUCUUGAGUUAUUAUUAUCAAAGUGGCCUGAUGACUAUUUCACAAAGAAACCGAAUGAAUUAGAAGAUAUUUUAUCAUUGUCUUUUAAUGAAAUCAAGCUAAAGAACAUUCGAAUCACGGAACAGAUGAAUAACUUUGUCGAAUAUUUCUUGUUGAAAUCUUGUUUCUUUCAAGGGAAUAAAAAUAAAAAUGUUAGUAAAAGUUAUUCACCGGAAAACAUCAAACAAAGGAUCGAAUUAGUCGUAGAAUGCGUUGGUAUGUUAAAAACGGAGUAUAUGGAUAAAGAAGCAGAUGACAAAUUUCUGUUUAUUUCAUCGUUUAUAAUUCAGAAUAUUUCUGUCUUAAAGCGAUUAUUAAAAUUUACCUAUGAUUCAUUGCCAUGGGAAGAAAUGGAAUUCUGCUUAAUUGUUUUCAUCAGUUUCCUUAAACCAAUCGAAAAGGCAAAGAAUGAGAUAGAAAAAAAGGUUUAUGAGUACGAAAAAUAUUACAGGCGUAAUUCUUGGCGUUUCACUAACUGCGUGUUAACCCAAUCAACAAUCUUAAAACAUCUCGGUCACUUCUCUUUGAAUUUAGAAAAAGUCGCAAACUUAACAGCUAUUAAUAGUGUAAACAAAUUUCUACAAUUCUCGCGCAAAGAAAAUAUUUCAGCAAUCAUAAAAACUUAUCCUUUAUUCGAGGACUUACUAAAAGACUAUGCCGCAGUUCGAGACGUUUAUUCUUUGGAAGUGAUUAAACAUUACCUGGAAGUUGCCAUAGCUGUGGACUCGAAAAAAACUGACGGGCAAUUAAUUAUCUCGAGAACGUUACAAGUUCUCGGUGAAAAUUUAAAGAAUACCGUAGAAUCACCAAAACUUUCUGACAAUACCUGUGAUAUUUUAUUGCUCACCUUAACGAAAACUACAAGAUCUAUAGUAACAGGAUUGCGUAAUGCUCUAUCUCAUGAACACGCUCUUCAAAAACGAAAAGAACUGGAAGGUUUGAAUUGUGAUUUUUACAGUUCUGUGCAGAACGAUUUAAAUAAGCUAAAUCCUUUAGUCACUGAUAUUCUACGUAGCUUAAAAAGAAACUUGAUGAAGUUGUGUUUACAGAAGCUUGCUGACUGCAAUAGCUUAGAAGAUUACAAACAUACAUUAAAAUCCCUUCGUUUCGGUAAGUCAUCCGAUGUUUCUUCUUCAGGCACUUUCGAUGAUACUUCGGAAAUUAAGUUGUUGCAAAAAUUAAUACCUCAGUUUUUCGACACAAUUGGAAGUUUGUCUGCCAGUGAAGAGAUUGUUUUGCACAAUCUUCAGCAAAUUCUAAACUCAAAGACUGAGAACGACUUCGAACGAGCGGUUAUCAAAUCUGUAAAGCAGUGCCCUAUUCAGAAUUUAGAGCUAUUUUAUAAUGGAAUUAUGAACACUAUGAUUAUAGAGGAGAAUGAUUUUCCAGAACUUAAAAAACUAGCCAAGAGGGAUAUAAAAAGGUUGAGCAUUGACGUCCCAGAAGAAUAUAUUAGACUGAUUGCUAAUUCCAUAACAUCCGUUUAUGAUGCUGUCAAGCUUCGAGUGUCGAAAGACAAAUUUUAUGAAGUAACUUUAUUAUACUAUAAAAUAUUACGUGUCAUUAAUUAUGACAUGAGCACGGUUACAGGCAUUACUGAAAUGAACUAUUUAUUGACAAGUGACAAAAAUGCAAUGUUUCCAAGGAGAAUGAAUCAUUUGGAAAAGUAUCAUGAGGAGUUGAAGGAAAAGCUUGAACUCCUACACGAUGCAAUGGGAAGAAUUAUUGAUUUGAAGGAAACUUCAAGAAAAAAUAUUGCAGCCGAAGUUAUUUGUGAAACAAAUUUGUUGAUUGAAGUGAUUAUGUUGGACAUCAUGUCUAUACUCGACUCUUGCAGAAAAUUCACUAACAAUCCAUUUUAUUGUGAUGGAAAUCACCCGAUAUUAGGCGGAAAGAAUUUAAGAAAUCAUUUGGCUCACGGCAACGUAUUAAACGAUGUUCUUUUUAACUCAAAUAUUUCAAUACUUUUGAAUGCCAAAAUAUUUGUGAUGGAAGAUGUUACAAGUUGGAAAAAGCAACUUGACCGAAUCGUCAUUGGUAAUCCAUCAAAUUUAAAGCUUAAGUUUGAGCAAAACUUAGAAAAGCUAAGCAACCAAGCAGAAUUGUUCUACGCUUUAGCUUGUGGUGAUCUCGAUCUCGCGAGAUCGUGUAUUGAAAAGGGUGCCGAUAUCGAAGCCAGAGAUAUAAAUUUAUGGACAGCCCUUCAUUACGCUAGUCAAGCGUCAAAUACAGUAACUUUAGAAUUUAUUAUUUCCGAAUAUCCCGGAUUAUUUUUCAAAAGUAUAGAAGAAAUGGAUGUCGAGGGCCGUAUUCCUUUACACAUCGCAGCCUUUAAAGCUCGUAAAAAUAGUGUAGAGGUUCUUCUGAAAAAUAAUCAAAUCUCCAUCAAUGCAAAAGAUGUCUGCAACAAAACUGCUUUGCAUAUUGCAUCGCAGGUUGGUUCCGAAGAAGUAGUUGAGGUAUUGCUGAAAAAUGGAGCAGACACGGAAAUUAAAGAUAUGUGUGAUUAUGCACCUUUACACUUUGCUAUUUGCCAUAACCAUGUCGGAGUUACCAUCGAACUGUUGAAGAAAGAAAAGAAUGUCGACGACAAUCUAAGUAGUAGUGCUUGCACGCCUUUAAUUCUUGCAGCUGAGAAAGGUUUUUCUAGCAUAGUGACGUAUUUGUUACAAAAAGGUGCAGAUGUAAACAGGAAAAAUGAUCUUAAAAGCACACCUAUGCAUUUAGCUGCUGAUUGGGGCCAUGCCGAAGUUCUUAGUAUUCUGAUUCAGAAUGGAGCAGAAAUAGACUGCCAGGACGAUAGGGGAGUAACUCCUCUCCAUUGCGCAGUGAGAAAUCGGCACAAAAGUUGUGUUGAAGUGCUGUUGAAAAAUGGUGCAAAAAUUAAUAUCCGAGAUUAUGUUGGACGCAUACCUAUACAUUUUGCGACAUAUUUGGGAGAGCAAGAAAUAGCGAAGAACUUACUGCGAUUGGGUGGAUCCUUGAAUAUGUGGAAUUAUCAAGGUUGGACAGCAUUGCAUUGUGCUGCGUAUAGUGGAAAUGUUGAUUUAAUAUCAACUUUAGUUGAUAAGGGCGCUACUAUUAAUGUCUGUACUUUCAUGGGUCUGACGCCUUUACAUAUUAGUGCACAGUUUUGCAAUAAUCAGGCUUCUAAAUAUCUCAUGGAAAAAGGUGCCGGCAUUUCUUGUAAAGACAAAAAGGGUCGAACACCCUUGCAUGUAGCAUCGGCAUCUGGUGAUGUGGAAACUGUUAAAUUCAUUUUAAAGAAGAAACCUAAUGCUGUUAAUGACGAGGACAAAAAGGGUUGGACUGCUCUUCAUCACAGUUGCUUCAACAAUCACGGUUGCAUUGUGAAAAUCUUAAUUGAGGCCGAAGCUAACAUUAACAAACAAAACAACGAACUUAAAAGUCCUUUACACUUAGCCGUAGAAAAUAGUAACUAUCAGAUAAUUGACAGUCUUACGAAACAAGUUGGUUGUGAGCUGUUGAAGGAUUUAAAUGGGUGCACACCCCUGCAUUAUGUUGUCAGGUGUGGGCAAGAAAAAUUAUUCAAACUCGUCGCAUCAAUUUCGAAUGAUGUAAAUGUCAUCGACAAAUAUAAGCGCACAGCUUUGCACUACGCUGUGGAUUCUAAUCAACUGAAAUCAGUUAAACAUUUAGUUGAAAUGGAUUGCAAAAUUGAUGCAAUCGAUGAAAAUGGAUUAACAGCUUUGGCUACAUCUGUGAAAUAUCAUUACAUGGAUAUUGUAAACUAUUUGCUUAAAAAAGGAGCAAAUCGCUAUCUCAAUAAUGGAAUGAUUUAUUUUUUAGCCAUUGAUUGUGAAUAUAGAGAUAUUCUGAAUGUUUUAUUAUUCCCUAAACAUAAAACUAAAAACGUUUUAAUGAAGGAAAAUAUAGCUUUGCUGCAGAGAGUUGCUGCUGUCGGCAAUGUUGCUAUGUUUCAAGAUGUAGUUACUCUAGGACUGGACGUAAAUGCUGUUACAGGCAGCGAACAUUUGUCUGCGCUGCAUAUCGCUUCGGAAAGAGGGUGUUACGAGAUUGUCAAACUAUUGGUGCAAAAGAAUGCAGACGUCAAUAUUAAAACUAGAAAAGGAGAUAAUGCCUUGCAUUUGGCGUUAGCAAAAGGACACGUAAAAAUUGUCUGGCUGCUCCUUGCGAAAGGAGCCAUUUAUGACACACCAAAUAGCUUUAAUAGAAUCCCUUUAGAAUCAGCUGUUUUAUCCAAAAACUUACAAUUAGUCAGGCUGUUUAUCGAGAAAAAACAACUUGACGUUAAUUAUACUAAUGCCAACGGUCAUACUUUGCUUCAUCUUGCAUCUGAAGUUGGGAGCUUUGAAAUUGCUUCAUAUCUAAUCAAAAAAGGAGCAGAUGUCAAUGUUUUAAAUAAAGAAAAUUUAAAACCCAUUCAUAUAACAGUAAAACAUGGAAACCUAAGUGUUAUGGCACUCCUAUAUAAAUAUAUGUCAUUGAAUCAAGCUGCCAACACCGUGCAUGUAGAAUCUUUACUACAUUUCGCUGUGACAGAAGAAAAAUUUGAGCUAGUACAAUACCUUAUUAGUAAAAAAGUUAAUAUGAAUUCUUCAGAUGAUGCUGGGAUCAUGCCUUUGCACGUCGCCGCUGCAAGGGGGAACUUCGAUUUAGUUAAACUUUUAGUUGAAAAUGGAUCAUUUUAUGACUUGCCUGAUCACUUAGGUCGAAAACCAAUCGAUUUAGCUAAAACAUCAAAAGUAAUAAAUAUUUUAAGAGAAACAGAAAAUUUAAUGAAAGCAGUUAAACAUAAUAACAUCUUGAUGGUACAGCAGUGCAUUCAAAAUGGCGCUAUUGUAAACGCCUUAGACAAAAAUAAUGCGUGUCCUUUAAUUUUCGUAGCAUAUAAAGGUUAUUUGGAAAUUGCCCUUGUAUUGUUGGAAAACAAGGCGAAUCCCAAUACAAAUGGAAAGAAUGGAUUUACACCGCUACAUUAUGCUUCUAAAUUUGGUCACAUAGAAGUCGCUCAAAUUUUGUUAAAGUUUGGUGCAAUUUACAAUGCAACAUCUAAUAAUGCUAAAAGCCCUGCUGAUCUGGCUACAAAUUCAAAGAUUUAUAAUCUACUCAACCUGAUUGAUCGAUGUUUUAAAGAGAUUGAAGAUAGGAAACGUAAAUUCCUCGCAGUUUUGAAAAAUAUUAAAGAUGUUCAGACAAUGGCAGCAAUCAUGAAUGCCCGCAAUCAGAAUAAAAAAACAUUAACUACCGCAGCACACCACUGCAAAUUUCAGGGAGCUGAAACUCUAGAGAUUUUAUUUUGCAAUUUUGCUUUCAGGCAAACCGCAGCUCAUGCCUUGUAUCUAUCAACCGACAGAAAAAUAUUGAACCCUAGGUGCAAUAAAGUUUUUGAUCUCCCAAUUGUUCAAGACAAGUUCAUACAUAAGCUUACGGAGUCAUCAAAAUACCACGAAGCCUUACUGAUUUGUACAGAUUUACUGGAAGAUUAUAGAAAAAUGUUUGGAAGUGAUAACAUUGUAGUUUGGGUAACACAACAGCACAUUGCUUUUAUAUUACAUCAACUUCAAAGGUAUCAAGAAUCUCUGAGACAAUUCCGUGAAUUAUACGAGCUUCGUAAAAAAGUGUAUGGCAUGUUUCAUAAAGGUAAUUUGGAUAUAAAGAGCUGGAUGGCAUUAGUUUUACAUCGGUUAGACAGAAACGAAGAAGCCCUAAAAAUCUGUGAACAAAUUUAUGAAAAACAGAAAAAGAUUCUUGGCGGAAAUCAUUUGCAUGUGCUACAGACUGAGAUUCACAUGGCUUUGGUGCUUAAUGCACUUGGUGAGCAUGAAAAAGCUUUAAAAAUGAGCCGUUUGACGUACGUUAAAUAUAAACAACUCGCUGGCUCGAAACAUCGCACAACACUUGUAGCUCUUAACAAUGUUGGCAUUAUCCUAUUAGCGAAAGAUGAUUUAGACGAAGCUCUUAAAGUCUUUAAAAAGGUCCAUGAUGGCAGGCGUGAUGUUCUCGGUUCUGAACACAGAGAUACCAUAAGAGCCUAUCAAAAUGUGGCGAACGUUUUGCGUCAGCAAAAACUCCUUAAAGAAGCAGAAAGAAUAUUUGAAAGCAUUUUAGUUUAUCAAGCGUCGAAGCUUGGUCUAGGUGAUAUGGAGACAGUUUUUACGUUACUACACCUAGCCGAAAUAAAUUACGAAUUGAAUAAAUACAUGAAAGCGGAGAAAUUUUACAAGGAAGCCUACAUGACUAUAACUUUAGUUUUGGGAGAUGAUCACUUUUUGGCGAAAUUAAUCAGAAUCAAACUUCAUUCAAUGGAAAAAUAUUUUGAAUAUACUGAUAUGGGAUUCCAAAACUAAUACAAAUGUAGAACUUAAUGAGAAAAUCGGAUACUUUGUUAAAUGUAGCAGUCUUUUAUUUUAUCUGCGUUUAAUUGUUUUAACACUGUAAUCCACAAUUUAGUAGAAAAAAAGUUUUUUUUAAGUUAGUUUAUUAAUCGCAUAUAAAAACAUGUAUAGUUAUGUAAUUAUUUUUACAUUUUUAUUCAGGUUUUAUACUAUAUUUUAACCCUGU